ACACAAGUUGCAAUCACACUUUACUAUGUUGCUGACGAAGGACGAUUGCAAAAGGUUGCAAAUGCCUUUGGGAUUGCAAGAUGUACUGCCUCAGUUGUAAUUAGGCGUGUCACACAAAUAAUCAGUUAUGUUAUGGGAAGAAGUUAUAUUAAACUACCAGAAACAGAAGAUGCAGUAAAAUUUCUUGUGACAGAGUUUUACAAGAUACAUGGAUUUCCACAAUGCCUCGGCGCUGCUGAUGGUACUCACGUUCCAAUUAAAAGACCACAAGAAAAUUCAACUGAUUUUAUAAACAGAAAAGGUAGACACUCGAUCAAUGUCCAAGCAUGUGCCGACUAUAAAUACUGUUUUCUCGAUGUAGUGAUUAAAUGGCCGGGGAGCGUUCAUGAUGCUCGAAGAUUUGCAAACUUAAGCCUAAACCAAAAACUGCGAGAUGGCACAAUUUCCUCUUGUCCCAGAGUAGUUGUUGAGAAUGAAGAUCCUGUGCCCAUCUGUAUAUUAGGCGACCCUGCCUACCCCCUCUUGCCUUUUCUAAUGAAAGAGUUAGCUGAAGGGGGGAAAGAUGCUCAGGAACAAUUUUUUGGAUACAGACUUUCUUCUGCUAGGAUGGUCAUAGAGUGUGCCUUUGGGAGAUUGAAAGCUCGCUUUAGUUGCCUGAGAAGAGAGAUGGACAUUAAUAUUGAUGACCUCACUGCUGUAAUUCACACCUGUUUCAUUUUACAUAAUUUCUGUGAAAUGAAUAAUGAAAUUGUAAGUCAACAGAUGGUUGAACAAGCAGUGCAGUAUGAUGUUGAGUUCCAAAGGCAAAGGCAACCUGGUCCAAAUCUGCCCACCAAUGAAACCGCUGGAAAGAGAAUUUAUGUCAAAUACUUUGAAUAA